AUGGCUGGGCCAGAUCCGCACCGCAAAGAGCGCCAAAAAUUUAAGAAGCGAACCAAGACUUUGAUAAGCAAAAGUGCUGAAGUUGCAGAACUCUGCGGAGCCAAGGUCUACCUUCUUAUUGAGCAUGAACGGGGCAAUCUUUGCUUUAAUUCUCAAGGCCAUGAGACCCAUUGGCCACCGCCAGACGAACAACUGGAUGAGAAGCUGCCGAAUCUGGAACGUAUAGGCAUGGAACAACGUGAUCCCAAUCAUUGGGCGAAUGAUCCGGAUCUGCAGAAAUUUUUGAAGAAGAGAAAACUGUCCCAGAAAAUAACGUUGCCCCCAAGCCCCAGUAUUAUGGUACGAUCAGAGACAGCCCAUGAGCAGGAAGGCAAUACCUCGCAGGUGACAAAUACAGUCAACAGUACCUCACUGCCAAACAAUUAUAUCAUGGAAAUUACAGAUAUCUAUUCCGCCGUGAUUGGCGGCGUCGUUUCAGCUCUUGUUGUUCUUCACCUUACUAUAACCCUCGUGCUCAGCAUUGUUUUGUAUCUGCGCGCAAAUUGCUCCGCUCGUUGGACGUCUGGACUCUGGCGUACUAUCUGCAGAAUUUGCCCCCUGCCGAGUUGCCGCUUUCUUCUUCAGGUUCUGUAUGUAGGGGGCACAGGAGUCUGCAACUUCUUUGGCGUGAAAGACGUUUCUCAAGCCGGUUCACGCGCUGCGAAGCUGGCGAUCUCCAACCUUAUUCCUCUUUGCUUUAUAGGUCCCCAUGAUGUCGGCGCAAGGCUGUUGCGGCUUUCUCUGAGGAAUUACAAAAGCUUCCAUGUUACCAUCGGUAUCAUGGCACUGCUCCAGAGUCUCCCUCACGCUGUCAUCGCCACUAGGAGUACGGGAAUUGUGCUUACUGAUGACGUUCAGCUCUGUGGUUUUCUUGCCAUUUUAAUGCUAUUACUUCUUUGUACCCUCCCACUUUUUCGAAGAUACCACUAUGAACCAUUCCUGAUAUCCCAUCUGUUGUGCGCUAUCGUCUUGGUCUAUUCAACCUGGCGGCAUGUCAGGAAAACGGACGGUCUCCCGAAAAACUGCCUCCUAGCCACCGUGAGCCUCUCUGCAGCAACCUUGACUUUUCGCGCAGCUAGAGUUCUGGCCAGGAACAUAACCAACGGACAAUUUCCCAGCAAGUUAACCCUCACCUCCAACAGUAAUCCAGACUCCGAUGAUGCAUUCCACGUCACCAUCGUUCUUCCGCGGCCGUGGAAGAUCCAGGCUGGGGAGUGGAUCCGGUUGAGUGUGCCUCGCGUAGGCUUCUGGAGUCUAUUCCAAAGUCACCCAUUCAUGGUUGUCUGGUCUGAAAGCAAUAGUUCAUCCUUGUCCCUGCUGAUAAAGCCGCGGUCUGGCUUCACUAGAAGGUUCCUGACUCGUGUAAAACCACACACCGAAUGCUGGGCAUGGAUCGAUGGCCCGUAUGGCCCCUCUCCGACCGGUGGAUAUUUUGGUUCCAAGCAGGUGGGCCAUUACGGCCAUGUAGUCAUAUUCGCGACAGGUAUCGGUAUCGCUGCUCAGAUCCCUUACAUCAAAGAAACCCUCGAGGGUAUCGGAGAAUGCAGGGUGCGGACACAGAAGAUAUCUCUUGUGUGGCAAAUGGACAAAAUUGACGACCUGACCCUUGUCCGCCCCUGGUUACAGCACCUUGUCACCGCAGAUAAGAACUAUAAUCUGGAACUUCUUGUGUAUAAUCCUUCGCGUGCUGCCUCGACCGAUGACCCGGAGAGGUUUGGCGAGCACGGUCUCAUCCAGAUCUUUGGAGGCGAGGUGGACUGGGAGAUACGACUACAAGCUGAGAUGGAAGACAAGAGAGGGGAGCUGCUCAUCAUGGUCUCUGCACAGCGUCACAUUCGAGAGAAGAUUCGCCUGGAUUCAUAA